AGAACAAGAAAGAACCUUUAAACCCCGUUCUUCCCCAAAUUCAAACUCUGACCCAGUUCGUCGCUGUUACUAAUGGCUCGCGCAGAUUCGGACCUGGGUCCUCUUACCCAAGCCUUAAGCUCUUCUCAACUCUCCACAGAGAAACAACCCAGCUACACCGAUGGAGACGACGCCGCCGCUGGUGGCGUGCAAGUCACGUGCUUCACUGAGGUCGUCCAAGAUUCCAUUACCCUCCACUUCCAAAUCAUCCGCCUUCAGAAACAGAUAUAUGCAUGGAUUGGUUGCAACUCUGGAAAACUGGGGCACUUGUAUGCUGCAGCACCCACUAGACCUAAUACAGUGAGUGUUACGUCCAUAGUUGGCGGGAGUUCUGAUAAUACAGGAUCCGGCAUUGCUCGGAGAUUGGUGUCGAGGACUGGAGUAAACAUAAUUCUGGCUUGUAACAUUCCUAAAAAUAAUCCCAUGGUUGAGUUGGAUGCUGAGAAAUUGUUGGUUCAGAAGCUACUCAGUCUUGGGUACAUCAGGCCAAAAUCACAAGGAUUGUAAACCUGCACGGAUGCUAUUGUAACCCCACUAUUUGGAGACUAAUGUUUGUCCUUGAACAAGGACUGGUUAGGGUCUGAGACUGAUGAUCAAGUUUUUGUUGCUAAUUGAAAAGUAUUUUAGCCAAAUAGUAUGGCAUUGUGAAUUUGUGAAAUCUGAAAGGAAUGCAAUCUUGCUUGUUCUGAA